GCUACUCUUCUGUGCUAUUUCCAAAAUUGUAGAAUAUCAACAAAAAGUUGAAUAUCCAUUUAUUAAUAUCAUCAAAUAAUUUAAAUCACAUACAAAAUGUUAUCGAGAACCUUAAAGCAAAUUAACAAAUUGUCCUUUAAAAGUGCAAGAAACAAGACAAUGUUCCAAUCCUAUCAGAAACAACAAGGCUUGUUGUUUGCCUCAUAUCACAAUUCUGCAAUGAAUGAACCAAUUACAUUCUAUAACUUUGUAACAAAGGAUAUUAACAAUAAUAGAAUUGAUUUACAUCAAAUGAAGGGAAAAGUUUGUUUGGUUGCCUUUAUGAAUACUGAAAAUGAGCAUUGUAAAGAAUAUUUAAAGCAAUUGAGUUCAUUCAAAUUGAAAUUGAAUGGAAAACCUUUCGAAUUGAUUGUUAUUCCAAAUCAUGAUUUGUAUUCGAAACGUACUUUACAAUUAUUGAAUGCUUCCACUAACUCAACUCAAGAUAGAUCAGUGACAGGUUCUUUCUUUAAUAACGAUUUGACAAUUCUCAAAUCAACAGAAUCACCAAGUGGUCCAGUUGCAGCUUGUGAUUAUUUAACUAAAUAUGGUUCGUUCAAGACUAUAGUUGAAGAUUUUGAAAAGUUUGUCAUUGAUAGUGAAGGAAAGGUUUCGUACAGAUCUGGAAGUGAUACAGUUUUAGAAGAAGUAAUGGAAGCCAUUGAAGGAGAACUUGCCAAACUUCAUUAAUUUAUUUCAUUCUUUCAAAAACUAAUUGUAAACUAUUCCUGACUGUUGUAAACUAUUCACUGUAAAUAAACUAUUAUCCACUUCUUGGUGU